CUCCCUACCUAUUUGGGAAUCCUAUAAGGAUUUGUCUUUUUAUCAAUUCGUUUAGAUCGACGGAUAGAACGGGUAGACGGGGACGUGGAUAUACGAGCUAGCUGCUGGGCCAGCGACAUACUGUAUUAUACAUCUAGAGUGAUCAGCCCUCCACCAUAUCCCCGACAUCUUCACUUCACCUUUGGUUUUAUGCUUCAGUUCCGGAUACGGGAUCGUCAAAAAUUGAUGCCGGGAUACGUUCGGUGCCAAUAACCAGACCUUACCUUGCCAGAUAUGGCAUCUCGGUUGUUCUUCACCCUCUCUUUGGUGAUAGGAGCUAUUUGCCACGCCUCUGCUUUAGAACGCCGUGGCAAUCACUAUGUCAAGAUACCUGUCGUGCAUUCUACGAAUAGCAAGAUCUUUUCGGAGUUUGGGGACAAGCGGGCAAUCACCACAGUGCCCCUAGCCAACCGGUCUGAUGUAGCUUACUACGCUCAACUGGAUAUCGGUACGCCGCCGCAACAAGUCUACGUGCAACUAGAUACAGGCUCGUUCGAGCUUUGGGUAAACCCUGACUGCUCCGAUCUUUCAGGCUCAGCAGAUGUCAGAUUCUGCCGAGCAGUUGGCCGUUAUGAGCCUUCAUCUUCAUCUUCCGCGGCUCGUCUGACAGGCACCAAAACACUUCAGUACGGUAUUGGUAGCGCCAGUAUCCAGUAUGUUUCGGAUGUCAUCGGCCUCUCUGGCACAGACACGAAGUUGAGUAAGGUUCAGUUUGGUGUCGCCUUCGAUACGGUUGAUGAGUUUGCCGGCAUUUUGGGCAUUGGGCACGGAAACAACGUUACUAUUCGGUACAACAACUUCAUAGACGAGCUGGAAAGACAAGGUGCGACAGAGACGAAGGCAUUCAGUCUGGCUUUGGGCAGUAAGGAUGAGCAAGAGGGGGUCGUCAUCUUUGGCGGGCUAGACACUAGCAAGUUCACCGGAACCCUCCAGACGUUGCCAAUAAUUCCUGCGGAAGCAUCCCCCGACAAGGUCCCGAGGUACUGGGUGAAUAUGACUUCCUUGAGUCUGACCCCUCCGAGUGGCCAAACAAAGGUGUAUGAGAACACCCCGAUGACGGUUUUCCUGGACAGCGGCGCCACUCUCACCCUUCUACCGACAGAUUUGGCUAAUGCGAUCGCGGUGGACUUUGGAGCUGAUCCCACGACUGCCGAUGGGGUCUAUCCUGUCAACUGCUCUCUUAACGACGUUCCAGGCACCCUCGAUUUUGCUUUUGAUGGUGUGACGAUACAUGUGCCCUACAAUGAGUUGGUUAGAGAACUUCAGACGACGUUCGGCACGCAGUGUUAUCUAGGCAUUAGCCCAAGUGACUCCUUUGUUCUGCUGGGCGACACAAUGCUCCGCUCUGCCUAUGCUGUUUUCGAUCAAACGAAUGACGCCAUACAUCUAGCUCAGUACGUCAACUGCGGCACGAAAGAGCUUGAGAUCACGGAUGGGAUGGAUAUGUCGACUAUCAAGGGGGAUUGUGAUGCGCCAAAUUUCACAGCUACGCCGAAAUCGAAUGACGCCGCUACUACUACCACGACGGGGGUGACUGGAGCAACGGGAGUUAACUCGCCUACAGGUUCGAGUUCGGAUGCAGGGGCAUCAGCGGCACCUGAAUCGUUGAGUUCAAAGAACCGGCUUGAGUGUUAUAUAGGGUUGGCCGCGGCUUCUUUCUGGGCAGCAGCAGUGCUUGCUUGAUGAUUAUAAUAAUAAAAUAUGGAUGAUACCCCAAUACAUGUCUCUUUGGAAUGAACUGAUACUCCGGAUACCAACAGGCCAUCCGCUUAUCUACCAAACAUACCUACC